AUGAAAUCCGGAGGCACCGCUGCUUCGUCCCCCGGGGACGACACGUCCUUACCCCAGUUCCGUGAUAUUCACCCUCAGCUUCCCAGCCUCCGUAUCGCUCCUCUCCGCCCGCCGGCUCCCUCCCGUAUCUUGAAGGCACCCCUGCCGCUCGAACCUACCGCCAGUGCUGUUCAUGACAAGACCAAAAUCCCCCCGACCAGCAGCACGACGACGACGACGACGACGACGACGACCGCUGUGUCCGGCGGAACAACUCUCCCUGCGAAACUGCCAACCCUGGAGGAGUUUCUGAACGCUGCUCGCACCACCCACUCCGUCGUGGGCUCCUCAGUCGAUUCGGUGUCCAGUCUAGAACCUCCGCCAAAGACCAUCCUUCCGGCCUUCGUCAAUCUUCGUGCCUUGGAGAAACUGCCGUACUCCUCCUUUGAGGAGAAUGCUCCGCACAAGCGUCGUCGCCUGGACGUUUCUGGAGACCACUUUUCCGGCGAGCCUCUCCAAUUGCCGGUUCCCCAUGCUCAGAGCGAAAAGAAGCCCCCGCCGCCGUUUGGGCCCUUUGCCAUCUUGAACGGCCUUAAUGAACCGCCGCCGAAUGCGGCCCUCUUUCCUCCCAUUGAGCCAGGCUCGCUUCCGCCGAUCUUGACCAGGCCUACAAAAGAUGUGUCCGUGGGCGGGCCGGACGCUAUACAGUCUGACAGACACUCGGCAAAGGAGUCGGUCGACAAGCGGGAGGGACGGCUGGAGGAGAUUCUCGAUUCGAAGAGUCAAGAGAAAGCGGGACAGGCGAGUGAGGUAGCGACAGCAGCAGGCGAUGACAAGAAAGGCCAUACAGGCGGCAAAGACGGUACAGCCGGGACUUCGGAGACGUCCCAGAAGCCAGUGGAAGACAGUGAUGAACCAAUGUCGCCCAAGACACGAGGCCGCUCCCGCAAGAAGCUGAGGAAAUGGACCGAACAGGAGACUCACGAUCUCCUGAGAGGGGUGGUGAAAUGUGGCAUCGGCAACUGGACUGCUAUCCUCGCGCAGCCCGAAUUGAAGUUCAACAAGCGAACGGCUGCCAACUUGAAAGACAGGUUCCGUGUCUGCUGUCCAUGGGCAUAUGGCGCUGCCGAUCCCAAUGAAGCCACCAGACAAAUACAGACAACUCUUGCGAAUGCACUGAUGAAUGCCGAGUCGAGGGACUCUGGCGCCGGGGGGAAGAUUCUGCUACCAGAUCCCCGACCGAACAAGCCGGGGGCAGAGUCUGGAUCAACUGCGAGCGACGCAGCUGAACCCUCGUCAGGAUCUGACGCAACAGGGUCUCAGACUCGUAGUACUAAAUCCUUAUCCUCAUUGAAGACAGCUCCUACACUCUCGAACAAGUCCAAAUCCACCCUGGUGUCCUUGGGCAUACCGGAGCCGUACUUCACCAUCAAGUCCAAACGGCGGUCUCGGCGGCCCUUCACGCCGGCGGAAGAUGAGGCAUUGCUGAAGGGCUACGCCGUGCACGGCUUCCAGUGGACUAUGAUACAGCAAGACAAACACCUGAACUUGUCUCAUCGCAGAGCGACAGAUCUGAGGGAUCGUUUUCGAACGAAAUUUCCCCACGCGUAUCGCGAAGGCGGGUCUGUCAGCGGGAAAACCAUUGGGACUCAACUGAACACGCCUGCAGAUAGAAACCGAAACCUGGGCUCUGGCUCGCUUCAGGCGAACGAGCAUCUUCUCAAGCAUCCCAUCCUGCCGGAUCCAAAGAUCAACACUCCUACGAAAAAGAAUAGCCAUGACAUUCCUACAGCAGCAGCAGCAGCAACUACAACGCUGGGACCUGGACCUGGACCCGGACCCAUUGAUGCUACCAUGCUUCCUCCAGCACCAGCACCACAACCACCACCACCUCCUCCUCCUCCAGCACCAGGUCUCCUCGACAUGUCAUCCGGUCCGGGCAGCAGCUCAGGAGGGGUAUUUCCAUUCUCAUUAGAGGAGAGCACCACCGCUACUACGACUGCCGGCAACUCCUCCUCCUCCUCUUCUUUAUCUUCAUCUUCAUGGGAAGAUAACACCUUACCACCUCUAGUAUGGGACGAACUGGGUUGA